AUGGCAGCUGCGGCCGCCUCGCUGCUACUACUGCAGUGCGUGGUCACCAUGCUCGCCGGUGCCGCCACGGCCGACGCCCAAUAUUCCGCCCAGACCUUCGCCGACCUCCAGAACGCGGCCCGCGCCGACGUGGGAGUCGCGCCGCUGGCGUGGGAUGACACCCUGGCAGGCUACGCCCAGAGAUACGCCGGCGAGAGGAAAGGCGACUGCAAGCUCGUGCACUCCGACGGGCCCUAUGGCGAGAGCAUAUUCUGGGGCAACAAGGGCGGUAACUGGACGGCCAGCGACGCGGUGGCCUUGUGGGUCCAGGAGAAGCAGUACUACAACUGCAGCGACGGCUCGUGUGCCGCGGGAAAAAUCUGCUCUCAUUACACGCAGAUCGUGUGGGCUAACACCACCCGGGUCGGGUGCGCCGCCGUGGCCUGCGACGGGAACCUUGGUACGUUCAUCCUUUGUGAGUACGACCCCCGAGGGAACGUGCCGGGUGUCUGGCCGUAUGCCGGCUGCGGCCAGUUCAACCGCUCAGCGCAGAGUUCACCUCAAGAUUUCCUCAACCUCCAGAACGCGGCCAGAGCCGGCGUUGGCGUGGGCAUGCUCUCGUGGGACAGCACGGUGGCGGCCUACGCCGAAGGCUACGCGGAGAAGAGGAAGGGCGAUUGCCGCAAAGUCUCCUCCGGCGGGCCGUAUGGCGAGAACAUCUUCCAAGGCGGCACAGGCAUCAGCUGGACCGUCUCGGACGCCUUGUUCUCCUGGCUCGGAGAGAAGCAGAAGUACGACUGCGCAAGCAACGCGUGCAAGGAGGGGCAGGCCUGCGGGGAGUACACCCAGCUUGUCUGGGCCAACUCAACCAGAGUUGGUUGCGCGAGCGUAACCUGCGAAGGCGGGGGCACGUUCAUCACCUGCAACUACGACCCGCCUGGCAAUAUCGCCGGCGAGCGUCCCUAUUUGGGCUGCGGAGGGCAAGCCGGCGGAACUCCGCCGCCAACUUCCGACAAAGUAAAUGGUACUGCGGCCAACGGAAAUGGCAAUGGCUCAAAUGCAAACAGCAGCAACCCAAGAAGAAAUGGCAGUAGCCCUGCAAUCCUGCCAAUCGUCCUUCCAGUGGUAACAAUUCUUGGUUUAAUCUCAGCUAUAUCAAUUUACAUAUGGAUAAAGAGACCGAGUCCGAAGAAGACACUAUCAUAUACAGCUUGUUCAGAAGAUAUUGAAGAUAUUAAAUCGGUGCUACUGGACCCAUCAGUAAUAAGAACAGCAACGAGUAAUUUUUCUGAAGAAAAUAAACUGGGGGAAGGAGGAUUUGGUCAAGUUUAUAAGGGUAUGAUGCCAGAUGGACAAGAAAUAGCAGUAAAAAGAUUAUCGGAAGGAUCAAAACAAGGCCUUCCUGAGCUAAAAAAUGAGCUGCUAUUAGUUGCCAAGCUUCAGCACCGUAAUCUGGUGAAGUUAAUAGGCGCUUGCCUCGAUGGAGAGGACAAGUUACUUGUGUAUGAAUAUAUCCCAAAGAAAAGUCUUGAUGCCUUUAUUUUCGAUGACGAAAAGCGUGGAAAAUUAGCUUGGGAUACACGAUACAAGAUCAUUUGUGGUAUUGCUCGAGGCUUGGCAUAUCUACAUGACGAGUCCCGUAUAAAAGUUAUACAUAGAGACCUGAAGCCAAGCAAUAUAUUACUAGAAAUGGAUAUGAAUCCAAAGAUCUCUGACUUUGGUUUGGCAAGUGUUUUUGAGGGUGAUCAUACAAAGCAUAUUACAAGAAGAGUAGCUGGAACCUAUGGAUAUAUGGCACCAGAAUAUGCGGUUCUUGGACAUAUUUCAACCAAAUCAGAUGUGUUCAGCUUUGGAAUGAUUAUUCUAGAAAUCGUGACGGGGAGGAGAAACAGUGUAUCGUCUGAGACAAUGAUGGCUGAGCAUCUUUUAACCUAUGUAUGGGAGAACUGGAACAGGGGGACAAAAGCUGAGAUAGUUGAUCCAUCAUUGCACUACAACUAUUCUGAAAGUGAGGUUCUCAAGUGUGUACACAUUGGACUAUUAUGUGUUCAAGAGAGUCCAAGUGAUAGACCCGGCAUCUCCAAUGUGAUCCUCAUGCUUGUUGGAAGGUCUACUACCUUGCCUGCUCCUUCCAGGCCUGCUUUUCUAUUUAGGUUGAAUAAUGAGAACCAUGUCCAUGGUGAUCUCAAUGACCUAGUAGAUGACUCGAACAAAUCAAAUCCAUCAUUCAAUAAGUUGACAAUCACAGAAUUCGAACCAAGAUAGCCCUGACCCUCAAGUAUGUAGUUAGAGAAGGGAAACAAGGAACACCAUUCUUUAUGUCAAUUCAUCAGGAUUGUGUUGAAAAAACAUUUGCAUAAAUUGUAUGACUCGCAAGAUAACUUUGA